AUGAUUACUUGUUAAAAUAUUCUUAAAAUAGACAAUGUAGAUUUUUCUAGAAACGAUGGAAAUUCAAAAGAAUAAUCAUCUCACUUACUCGAGAAACUGUUUAAUACCCAUAAACAUGAAGCAUUAUCAAAAAUGCUUUGCCAAAAUAAUAAGAUGUAAUAACCGUUUCUUGUAUGA